AUGAGCCGUACAGUGGCUUGUGGUGCUAUCCGAUCUAAUAGAGCACGGAUUAGGGAAAGUUCACACUCUGCUGAAGCCAUCAGACGUCGUCCUGCUGCCGCCACAACCACUUACACUCCCAUCACAACCACUUAUACUCCCACCACAUCUCCUUCUACUAUCACCACACUUUCUUCAACCACCGCACCACCUCCUUCUUCAACCACUACAUCUCUUCCUACUACCACCACUUCCACUACUACCACAACCACUUCCGCUAUCGUCACUUCCACUAGUGAGUUGACAUGA